AUGGUGUCCCAGCUGAGCGCCCUGCAACGGGAGCUCCUGGGUGCCCUGCUCAGCUCCGGAGCCACCAAGGAAGGGCUGAUCCGCGCCCUGGAGGACAUGGUGCCCGCCGCCGGUUUCGGCGUCAAGCUGGAGAGCCUGCCGCUCUCCCCCGGCGGGCCGCCCGACGGCAAGGCCGUCUUCCCGCCGCUGGCCAACGGGCACGGCAAGGGCAAGCUCUCCGGCGACGAGGGCUCGGAGGACGGCGACGACUUCGACACGCCGCAGAUCUACCGUGAGCUGCAGGCGCUCGACACGGAGGAGGCCGUGGAGCAGCGGGCCGAGGUGGACAGGAUGAUCAGCGAGGACCCGUGGCGGGCGGCGAAGAUGAUCAAGGGGUACAUGCAGCAGCACAACAUCCCGCAGCGGGAGGUGGUGGACGUCACCGGCCUCAACCAGUCGCACCUCUCCCAGCACCUCAACAAGGGCACCCCCAUGAAGACGCAGAAGAGAGCCGCCCUCUACACGUGGUACGUCCGCAAGCAGCGGGAGAUCCUCCGGCAGUUCAACCAGACAGUCCAGGGUUGUGGAAAUAUGACAGACAAAAGCAGUCAGGAUCAGCUGCUGUUUCUCUUUCCAGAGUUCAAUCAGCAGAACCAGGGGGCUGCCCAGCUCGAUGACACCUGCUCUGAAACCCCCAGCAAGAAGAUGCGCCGCAAUCGGUUCAAGUGGGGGCCGGCCUCCCAGCAAAUCUUGUACCAAGCCUACGACCGCCAAAAGAACCCCAGCAAGGAGGAGCGCGAGGCUCUGGUGGAGGAGUGCAACAGGGCCGAGUGUCUGCAGCGAGGGGUGUCUCCUUCCAAGGCGCACGGGCUCGGCUCCAACCUAGUGACGGAGGUCCGCGUCUACAACUGGUUUGCCAACCGGCGGAAGGAGGAGGCUUUCCGCCAGAAGCUGGCCAUGGACGCCUACAGCUCGGGCCAGCCCCCGCACAGCAUGAACCUGCUGCUGUCCCACGGCUCCCCCCAUCACAACCAGCCCAGUGCCUCACCUCCCAGCAAAAUGCCAGGGGUCCGGUACAGCCAGGCGGCGAGCGGCGAGGCGGCAUCCUCAGGGACCAUCAGCCACCACGGUGGCGGUGCCAUGGUCACCACCAGCCAGGCGGUCCUGCAGCAGGUCUCCCCGGCCAGCUUGGACCCGGGCCACGGUUUGCUCUCGCCCGACGGUAAAAUGAUCUCCGUUUCGGGGGGCGGGCUGCCCCCGGUGAGCACCCUGACCAACAUCCACAGCUUGUCGCACCACAACCCACAGCAGUCCCAGAACCUCAUCAUGACGCCGCUCUCGGGAGUCAUGGCCAUCGCACAGAGUCUGAACACCUCGCAGGCGCAGAGCGUACCUGUUAUCAACAGUGUUGCUGGCAGUUUGGCAGCUCUACAGCCGGUCCAGUUCUCCCAGCAGCUCCACAGUUCGCACCAGCAGCCGCUGAUGCAGCAGUCGCCCAGCCAUAUGACGCAGCAGCCUUUUAUGGCCACCGUGACUCAGCUGCAGAACUCGCACAUGUAUGCACACAAACAGGAGCCUCCCCAGUAUUCCCACACCUCCCGCUUCCCCUCGGCGAUGGUGGUGACGGAUACCAGCAGCAUCAGCACGCUGACCAAUAUGUCUUCCAGUAAGCAGUGUCCCCUGCAAGCCUGGUGAUGCUCCACACCUCGCUGCUUUUGCACAUAGCAACGGGAUCUUAUUUUCCACAACAUCCCGCCGGUGACCUGCGUGCCGAGCCCGGGGAGUCGCCAGAGCGAAGCCCAGCGUCGCAG